AUGGCCGAUAGAAGACAGCCAAUCACGGAAUCAGAGGUCAGCGGAGACACUGAUCUAUGGAACGAGCCAGCAGUAAGCCUGGAGUGCGAUGGUUUGUCUCAGGCCCGGCGGGUCGUGAGUCCGAUCGGAGCAGCCGGGCCCGAGGCUGUCGGUCACCGCACUCCCGGCGAUUGGCCCGGCGGCACGCACCCUGAGCUCUGCCCUGAGCUCAAGCCUGGCAGUCAGGUGUUGCAGACUUUCGCUAACGUUAGAACCACGGAAGAUCUCGACUUCUGGCCCAGUGGCAACGACAACGGCUAUGCCUUCUACCAUCGUGUGGACGGAGUCAAUGGUGGAGACAUGAACCCUACCCACACCACUGGAUUUUCCAAGAAGCAAAACUUCUGGUACAAGUAA